AAGUGAAAAAUUGCACAGCACAGGUUGCUCAAUCUCACUCUCAGAGUCUCAAAUCUGACGUUCAGAAUUACGAUUAUGGUCCCAGAAAAUAAAUCGUAGGAGGAUGAAUUUGCGAGGUCUUUUUCAGGACUUUAAUCCAAGUAAAUUCUUGGUGUACAUUUGUCUACUGCUAUUUACAUUACUCUUCGCGUUGCGGUUGGAUGGAUAUAUACAGUGUACCUACUGGGUGGUGUUUCUCCCUCUCUGGUUUUGGAAGGUCAUGGUCAUUACAGGGGCUGUGGUUGCUGGCUUUGUGUGGUGGAGGCAUCCAGCUUACCGAGUUGAGGGUGAAGGUUACGUGGACAUGAAGGCCAUCAUCAUCUGCCUGUGUCUCAACUCUCUCCUCCUCAUCUUUGAGAUCCUGGCCUGUGACCAGAUGGACAGCUUGAAGGGCGACAGGCAGCUGGUAGGGAACCACCUGUGGCUGGUAGUCUUCAUGCCGCUGUUCCUGACCUCUCCCAUGUCCAUCGCGGCCUGCGUGUGGGGCUUCAGGCAUGACAGGGGUUUANAGCUGGAAGCCAUGUGUUCAAUUAACGUCUUACAGUUCAUCUUCAUUGCUCUCAAACUGGAUGAGAUAAUUACAUGGAGUUGGUCGGUUGUAUUUAUACCCAUUUGGAUCCUCAUGUGCUUACUGUGCCUUAUAGUUCUUUAUUACAUCGUCUGGUCCAUCCUUAUACUCCGAGCCACUGAGAUCAUGGCCGAACAACGAAGAGCCCAUCUCAUGGCUGCCUUCACAGCUAUGGCAUUGGUCAUACCACUGUUAACAUUUGAGAUUUUACUAGUCAAUCGCUUGGACCGUAUCACAAGUCAUCCCUUUGUGGCAGUUUUCUCACCGUUCUACAUCUCCCUGCUGGUGCUCAUUCCAACGUCGUUUGGACAAAGGGGCAGCAACCACUGGUGGUUUGGAAUAAGAAAAGACUUCUGCACAUUCCUACUGACUACGUGCCCCUUUCUGAGAGAGUACGGCAAUAUUUCUUACAAAAUGGAAGUCGUGGAUCGCGUGACACCGCCCGACGAACAGGACAUCAACAGAGAGAUGUAUACCACCUCAAUACGGGCCGUCAUGGACCACUCCACAAAACUCAUAGUGCCCAUUGUCGCAAUUGAGAUGCCUGACUGAUAGCAUUCAUGCCCCAGGAACGUUCCAUGCUUCCAGGAACGUGAAACAGUGAGUGAAGCUUGAAAAGGAUCAGCUCACGAGCUCCCAGUGAGGUUGAAUAUGUACGUUUGAUCAUCAGAUAUUAACUGUCUGGAUACAGUGUUGAGGCAGAUACAAAGAUACAGACAGGUACCCAUCCUCAAGUGUAUCAUACCAGUAACAGCUGCGAGCACGUAUGAAGUAACUGUACACUGUAUAUGUGCCUUUUUCCUUCUGCUGUCAUGUGCGACCUAAUUGAUUGCUUGGAUAAUAAGCGGCACAAGACUUGUUCAUCCUUACAAGGGGCCUGUUACAUAGACUUGCCAAGCACUGAAAAAUGUACGGAAUGCUGGGCAAAAUCAAGUUACCAGCCAAAGGCACCAUGCAAAGUAUGUUACUGGAGACUGGCUAUUUGCUGAUUUUUGCUGAGCACAGAAAUGAGUUCAGCAGUGUUUUCUGUCUUGCAGAUCUACGGUAUGAAAUGAGGCUCAGCCAGCAAGUUCACAGGCACCAAAAAAUUUCCUGAGAUCAUUGGAUUUCUCCUACAUGUACAUGUUUGUCACUGUUAAAUAAUCUUUUCUCUGUUUUUGAAAGUGUUGAUCUCUCAUUUUGAUAGGAAGCCUAUCUUUAGAUUACAUGUACGUGCUCAAGGACAUUUUAACCACUUGCUGCCGGGGAACCCCGUUUCGAGCACCAUG